AUGUCUUCUCUCCUCUCCAGUCCCAGAUCUGUUGGUGGAAGGGUUGCGGCAGCUGCAUCGCCGUCCGGGUCGCCCCAAGGCGUCAGUGGCCCCCUCGCCGGCCCCCCCCCCAACUGGAUCCGCCCCUGCCCGAGCCACCGCCCGUCCGCUUGCCGGCCCCUUCCACCACCAGACCCGUCGCCUCCAUCGUUCCCCUCGCCGGCCCCUCCGCCCACUUGUUGCCACCGCGCCUCCCUCCUCUACUACCGCCAUGCCUCACCUCCCAAGUGUUGCCGCGCCGCCAGCACGAAGGAGUUGAGGACGACGCGACCACCAAUAGGGGAGACAAGGCGGCACCUUCCUCGUCCUCCUCUUCGACGAACGCGGCUGCGGACAAGGCGGCGAACAACUGUUGCGCCCCUCAAGCUCUCCGAUCGCACCGGCACAGGGGUCUACGCGUCCCACCCUCUCUCCCGUGAUAUCCACGUUCCAUGUCUUACUAAAUACAGUACCAACUGGCUGCCUCGUCAACAUCAUCGUGGUCUCCACCUCGCUAUACGAUCAAUGCGAAAAUGGGUGAAGGUACCUUUGGUCAGGUGUUGGAGUGUUGGGACAAGGAAAGGAAAGAAAUGGUGGCUAUUAAGAUCAUCAGGGGCAUUAAGAAGUCCACAAAUUUUGUACCAUUUUGCAUAUUUCCUUAAUUGCUUAAAGAUCCCGAUCUAUGUUUUGGGCCAUGUGAGCUGCUGAUCUCACUGUUUAUCCAUUUCAUCAGAUGUGGCACACUCUCUCACAGAUAAGUGCUCUAACCUCAAGUGUCAAAUUCCUCUGAUUGUAAAUCACAACUAUUUCUUGGGGUCUGUUGAUGAUAGUUCACUGAAAUUGGGACUUAUAUACUUGAGAAUUUGGCAUGUAAGGCAACUAUUCUAGCUAGCUGUAUGCAUUUUUUGGAGUUCAGAAAUAUGUCUGCUACUAAAUGCUAUAUAUGCAAAUAGCCAAACACAAUAUCACACCUGCUCUUUACCGGUAGCAUUAAGAAUGGGAUUUAGGAAGACUAGCAGUAGGCUAGUAGUAGCAGCAUAAAGUAGAAGUAGCAGACUACAAACUAGUAGUAGCUGGCGUCAUAUUGUUUGAAUUUGCUAUUGUUCUAAACAUGAGUAUCUAGUGCUAUUGUUAUAAACAUGGAUAUGGCACGUGCUGAAAGUUCUCUAUAGAUGGCAAUUUAAACUUUCACUAUCAUUACCAGCCAUUUUUUAUAAUAGUGGACAACGUAUAUGGUUAUCACUAAUACCUUUAAUAUGGUCACUUUGUCAGGUACAAUUAUACCAAGAGUUGGCAGUGUGUUCCCAAUAAUGCAGCCAAUUCAAGUCAUGCUCAUAAAGACUGAUCGGUUGUUGCUAUUUUGGGGUUGUGGUGUAGUGUCUAUGCUUCUGGUUAGGUUCGUUCACAAAGACAUUGUUCACAAAGAACAUAGUGUUAUGCCUGGUGGAAUCGAUGAUCUUGCAGUGCUAUUAUUCUUUGUGUAGAAAAUAUGAUCAAAUGUGUUUAUUAGCUGCUUCUGUUUUGUCCAAUUUUUGUUUCCGCACAAGAUAAUAGUGGAUUUGUAUGAGUUCAAUAGACUAGGAUUGCAUUUGUAAUGUAUACAGUGGAUAAAAUAUGUGAAUUUGUGAGGUAAAGAAUGGAUAAAAUAUGUGUAUAUAUGAUGUAUAUAAGGGUAUA